CCGGGGGAGGGGCUGCGGCCGCCCUGCCUCCUUCCUCGGCUCCCGGAGCGGCGCUGGGCGGGUGAAAGCGCAGCGAAGCUCAGCGGGAGCAGAAGAGCGCGCCGAGCCGGCCAUGGGCAAGUCAGCUUCCAAGCAGUUCAAUGACGAGGUCCUGAAGGCCCACAAUGAGUACCGGCAGAAGCAUGGUGUCCCCCCGCUGAAGCUCUGCAAGAAGCUCAACCGGGAGGCUCAGCAGUAUUCCGAGGCCCUGGCCAGCACAAGGAUCCUCAAACACAGCCCGGAGUCCAGUCGCGGCCAGUGCGGAGAGAACCUGGCCUGGGCGUCCUACGAUCAGACAGGAAAGGAAGUGGCUGAUAGAUGGUACAGUGAAAUUAAGAACUACAACUUCCAGCAGCCUGGCUUCACCUCCGGGACAGGACACUUCACGGCCAUGGUGUGGAAGAAUACAAAGAAGAUGGGAGUGGGGAAGGCGUCUGCAAGUGAUGGGUCCUCCUUCGUGGUGGCCAGAUACUUCCCAGCAGGGAAUGUCGUCAACCAGGGCUACUUUGAAGAAAACGUCCUGCCUCCGAAGAAGUAAUUGGUGCAAUGUAACAGGAAGGCGGCAGACCUAAGAAUGUGGAUAUGAAGUGCCUAGAACAACAAAAACUCAGCUGUGUGUCUGUCCCUGGGGGUGUAUGUGCUUGCGUAUGUGAUGCUGUGAGUCUGGCUCACACACUCGAUUAGGCAGGUCGGCCUGAUUUCAUUCUUAUCAAAGGGACGAGCAUCCGCAGCCUUCACUCUGGUGAUUCCCUAGACCGCAAUUAUUUGGACUUUGGGGGGAAAAAAAUCCCUUUUUAAACUUUUUUUAAAAAUUUUCAAAGCCACCUUUUUUGUACUUUUCUUGCUCCAAACAUUCACCCCUGGGCUUUGUGUGUUCCACAUGUUUGUGAUGCUGAGACAGCGAAGUUCAUUUUACGUGACCUUCAUGCAUUGUAAUCUACUUUUGGUAGAUGUUUAAGAAUAUUAAACCCUCACCGAAAGGUGACACCAACGACGGCUUUAACCACGUAAAUAUAAAGCAGCUUCCACUGGAAACCUAGGGCAGGCGGGGGCUCCAUUUCGCUGAAUUAUUGCGAUUUCUCAUAUGUAAGACAUGAUGUCAUCCACACGCCUCCUGGAAUUCUCUAAUGGGAUUGCCAAAGAACAAAUGGAGAAAAAAGCUUCCUUGCAUUUUUCUACCUUUAAAUAGGAAAAUAUCACUACUCCCACCCCUCCCUCUCCCCCACCCCGCCUUUUUUCUUAAAACCCUCUGGCAUUUCAGAGCUCAUGCCCUGCCACCCCACCCCCCUCAUCCUGGUUUCUAGGGAGUAAGCCAGGACUGAAACUCAUCCAUCCCCCACUCUGCCUGGUGGCUCAGGGCCUGUUCUGAGAGAAAGCCCCUCACACAGCCUGGGCUCUUGGCCAAGCAGCCUUGGACGAUGAAGUCAGUGAGCGUGGGGGCGAGGGUGAGCUCACUCAGGGCCCCCAGAGGAAGCCCUCCAGCCUCUGCCCUCCCCCCCCCACCCGACACAGGGUGGGAGCCCAGGCCUGUUCCUGGCAGCUGUGGCUGCAGCUGUGCUGCUGCUCCCUCCAGGAAUGUGUGACAGGCCCAAAUGUUCCAGGGAGAUAUCCCAUGCGGGGACUUAGAGUCGCUCAUUUAGUUUCUGAGUUUUGCCUCAGACUACACGAAGUCCUCUUGAAUAACCACUUGACCUGGUCCAUGUGGGAGGGACCAACCCAGGGGCCAUGCUGAGUAUUCCUGAAACCCUAGCAUCUCCAAGGGGUAGGAUAGCAUGGUCAGCCUUUGAAACAUGAAUCCCGAAGGGCCCUGUUGCACUGUGAACAGUCUCAUGCUGUGCCCUUCCUUUUACCCAGGGAUACUGACUAAGGCAACAAUAAAAUCUUUUUCUUUUGUGAAA